GACACCAAGCAGUUCGACCUGUUCCAGGAGUGGACAGACGGUUAUGUUCGUUACAUCUACAGUGCUGAAGAUAAAAAUGCUCAGCGGCAUCUUUCCGGCUGGGCGAUGAGAAACACCAACAACCACAACUGUCAGAUCCUGAAGAAGUCAUGUCUCGGGGUGGUGGUCUGUUCUCGAGGCUGCACGCUACCUGAUGGGUCCAGACUGCAGCUCCGCCCCGCCAUCUGCGACAAGGCCCGGCAGAAGCAGCAAAAGAAACUGUGUCCGAGCUGUAACGCUGCUCUGGAGUUGUUGCCAUGUCGCGGUCACAGCGGUUACCCCGUCACCAACUUCUGGAGAGUGGACGGAAAAGCCAUCUUCUUCCAGGCUAAAGGGGUCCACGAUCACCCCAGACCUGAGUCCAAGUCCGAGACUGAAGCUAGAAGAAGUUCAGUGAAGAGACGAGUCAGUUCACCUCCUUUCACACCCAAGAGACGACUGAUUGAAACACAGGCUCUAGGCCCCGCCCUCCUCUCCUGUGUCGAACCAGCAGACAGAAUCUCCUUCAUAGAACCAAACUUUCCUCAGCAUUACCCAGCAUUCCAGGGCCCAGAGCCCUACUACAACCCCCACAAUGCACUGGGAGAAGCCCCACCCACACUGCAGAAACCAGCCAAUCCCAGGCUUUACAUGGGCCGGCCUGGCUACGAGUUCCAAGGGUACCUGACAUCCCCUUCGUAUCCAGUGACCACUGACCUCUGUGACCCCAGGGUGGCUCCAGUCCUGGGAUCCUCCUCAUCUUCAUCGGCAGCUCCUCUGUCCUCCUCUUCCUCGACCUUUGACCCUCAGACCAAACAUCCUCCAGGCUGGAAGGAGCUGCUGAAGAGCUCCGCUCCCUACGGAGACAACCACCAUUACUACAGUGCUGAGUACCCCUGUCGUUACCCCAGCAACGCCCCAGGGUCCCCCGCAGCGCUGCAGACAAUCAUCACCACGACAACCAAGACAUGUGACGACACAGUUCACACCUGGAGACGUUACGCUCAGAGCUGUCAGGUUUCCUAUCAGCCGUGUCCGAAGCCUCCUGCGACGCUCCCUCCCUACCAGACGUGUCCCAAACCUCCGGCAGGCCUACCGUCCUAUCAGCCGUGUGCUCCGCCCAAACCCGGCCUCCCCGGCUGCUCAUCGCUGAUGGAGGAUGCCGCCUCCUCCUCAUUGUACUCCACUGAGGUGAAGGUGACGGAGGAAUCUGGAGGAGUCAUCAAGUCUCUGUCAUUUCAGCCUGAACCUCUGCAGACCAAAACAGAGCGGGCAGAUGGUUACGACUACCGCUACGCCUACCCCAACACGUACCGCUACGACGAAUACUGACGCAGCUCUACCUCCACCUCUGUUAGCGCGGUGACUUCAGUACAACUGCUUCUGUUACUGCAGACGAUCCAAAUGAACUUUAGACAGAGCAACUGAUGUGGAUCAUCAGGACAAAGAUUUGUGCAAACAUUUGUGUUUUUCCGUUCUCAGAGGAAAAUAAAUUUUUAUCUCGGACACCUCAGCCUCCCUCUUGCGCCCUCUUCAGGAUAACGAGUGUAACUUUUGUACACAACAUUUCAUGAAUUUAAAAACGGCCUCAACACAAAGUGUUUCUGUGUCGUGUUUUUCCUCAGUGAGUUCAGAAGCUCAGUGAAGUGAGGAAGACCAUGAUAUUGGCUGAAAGCCUCAGAAACACCGAUGAAUGCAGUUUGUUCAAAGCUUCAGUCUCAAUUAAAGUGAAAUCGUUAAGUUUUUAUUCUAACAAAUGUCAGGUUGUUACAGACGACUGUUUGUGUUGUUGAGUUAUUUAUUGUCAGAAACAUGAAGCAGACUGAGCUGAUGAUGAUGUGAUGUGUUAUUUUCUC